GAGAGAGAGUUGCCGCUCUUUCUCCCCGAUUCUCUCCGUGGCGCUCCUGAAACUAUGUCGGAAGGAGUAGACCUCAUUGAUAUCUACGCCGACGAGGAGUUUAACCAAGACUCUGAAUUUAGUAAUGCUGACCAGAUGGAUCUAUAUGAUGAUGUGCUAGCUGCCAGCUCACAACCUUCUGAAAGUUGCACUAGCAGCUCUGAGCCACCAAUUGAAAGUCGCCAAGAUCAAUCUUCUAAGUCAAACAGCAAAUCACCUGCUAUUUUGUAUACGUACAGUGGACUGCGCAAUAAAAGGGCUGCUGUUUAUGUGGGCAGCUUUUCUUGGUGGACAACUGACCAGCAAUUGAUCAGAAUAAUCCGCUCUAUAGGUGUUUAUGAUGUUGUGGAGCUGAAAUUUGCUGAGAACAGAGCCAAUGGCCAGUCUAAAGGAUACGCAGAAGUGGUUGUUGCUUCUGAAAACUCAGUCCACAAACUUCUAGAGCUGCUACCAGGGAUGAUUCUAAAUGGAGAUAAGAUGGAAGUGAAGUUGGCUACCCGGCAAAACCUUGCACAGUUUGAGGCACAAGCCCGAAAACGGGUGCCUCCCAGGGCUCACUCGAGGGAUUCCUCAGACUCGGUUGAUGGCCGAGCAACUCCAACAGAGAACGCUAUCCCACCCCCACGCAUUGAGAAACCUCCUGUUUUACCUUUCUUUAACCGCCCUCCCUCUGCGCUUCCUCUGAUGGGGCUGCCCCCUCCACCCAUACCGCCCCCUCCGCCCCUCUCUUCGAGUUUUGGAGUUCCCCCUCCCCCUCCUGGUAUCCAUUACCAGCAUCUCAUGCCUCCCCCACCUCGACUUCCCCCCCACUUAUCUGUGCCCCCUCCGGGGUCAGUGCCACCUGCCCUGCACCUCAAUCCAGCUUUCUUCCCACCCCCAAAUGCGGCCAUGGGGCCUCCACCUGAUGCCUACAGCAAGGCUUCUGCACCGUAUAACCACAGCAGCAGGGAGUUGGGCCCAUUGCCUCCCCCUAUUGGUGAAUCAGAAUUUGAUGAUAUCAUGAAUAGGAAUCGAGCAAUUUCCAGCAGUGCCAUAUCCAAGGCUGUAUCGGGGGCCAGUGCAGGGGAUUACAGUGAUGCUAUCGAGACUCUGCUUACAGCCAUUGCUGUAAUUAAACAGUCACGUGUAGCAAAUGAUGAGCGGUGUCGGGUCCUUAUCUCUUCGCUUAAGGAUUGCCUUCACGGCAUUGAAGCCAAGUCUUACAGCAUGGGCACUGGCAGCAGCAGCAGUUCCUCGAGAAAAAGACAUCGGUCACGUGAUAGGUCACCCAGUCGGUCACGUGAGAGCAGCAGGAGGCACCGAGAUGUGGUUCAUAAUGAAGAUCGACAUGAGGACUAUUUCCAAGAAAGAAGCCGGGAGCACGAGAGGCACAGAGACAGGGACAGAGAAAGAGAUCGGCAUCAUUGAGAGAAGGAUGCUGGAAGCAUUCAGUGUUUUUAUGGACUUAUAUCCUGUCCUUAAUCAAGACUAAAGGAUGGGGGAUUCUCCACCCACUCCUUCCCGCUGCCCUCUGCUCUUUCCAGACCCCUUGGAAGUGACUUUGCCUGUAGGACUCCAUCUGGCACACUAUGGCACUAAGACUUGAGUUCUUCCUACGUGUGCUGCUGCUGCUGCUGCUGUUGCUUGAUGGAGGAACACUGAAUGACUUGGAGUUUGGGAGGGGUUGUCUGAGCCACUGUGACCAGGGGGCCAUUUCAAUCCAUGGAUUCUUGGACCCAAAGAGAAUGGUGCUUUCCACAGAGGUCUGUCACCUCUUUCCUUUCCAUGGCGUUUUAGAAACACCCAGAGAGGAAUACAUCCAGCUUCUCUCCUGUAGGAAGACCUCAUGCUUCAGCACAGCACAAGGUAUAUUACCAUAGCCUCACUGGAGCUUAUGUUCAAAAUUCAAACUGCAUUGUCUUUUUAGGCAUCAGUCCAUAGAGUCCCUCUUGAUUUUUGAUCCUUUUUCCAAAACAGCUUCAGUCUUGCACUCUUUAACAGCUUUGUACACAGCUUAGAAAAGUUUUGUUUU